AACCAAUCGGGCUGCUAGGCAGGGCGGAUAUUGCCAAGAAAGAAAGUGGGAUGACAUAUGUUGCAUAGUAUAGCUAGAGGAUCUUUGGUUUGGUUUAACCGACUCUGGGGACAGUAACGUUAGCUGUUAGCUAGCUAGCAGUGCCAAGAAAUCUACAACAAGGAUAGCAAACGUCUGUGUACAGUCUGAGAUGCCAGGUGUUGGUCCAUGGGUGUGAGCCGACUUGAUGUAUUUUACAGAAGGCUGCUCCUCACCAAACUCUUCAUUGGAGGAUGGGGGAAGCCUGAAGACCUCAAGAGAAUCUUUGAGUUCCGUAAGAUCAUUGGGGACAGAGAGAAGUGCAGGUCCCUGGUGCCUAAGGACUAUCCAGUUUACAUAAACAAGACAGAGGAGCACGCUGACUGUAAGAUCCACGAUGGGUUCUUCAUUUCUCCUCUGGAGCAUUUGGUUCCUGGAAUCCUGCCGCCAGAGGCUGUCAAAGCCAGGUUCCAGUUUAUAGUUCCUAAGAGGUGGCAGAAGGACAGACCAGUAUGUAUCCACUUGGCAGGGACUGGAGACCAUUAUUUCUGGCGUCGUCGGACCCUGAUGGCCAGGCCCAUGGUCAAAGAGGCAGGAAUGGCUUCACUGCUUCUGGAGAAUCCGUAUUAUGGCUAUCGUAAACCCAAAGACCAACUGCGGUCCAGUCUAAAGAAUGUGUCAGACCUGUUUGUGAUGGGAGGGGCUUUGAUCCUGGAGUCAACAGUGCUUCUCCGUUGGCUGGAGAGAGAAGGUUACUGGCCACUAGGAAUGACUGGCAUCUCCAUGGGAGGAUAUAUGGCGUCCCUGGCAGUGACUAACUGGCCAAAGCCCAUCCCUCUGAUUCCCUGUUUGUCCUGGUCUACUGCCUCUAGUGUCUUCACCACGGGUGUGCUGAGUAAAGCAGUGAACUGGAGAGAGCUGGAGAAGCAGUAUGCCAUUAACUCAGUGUAUGAAGAGGAGAUCAUUAAGCUGUUGGAGUACUGUGGGGCUGACUCCUUUAAAAUGGGUCCAGAAUUUGCCAAGAAUGUGGACUCUUCAGAGCAUCUGUUGGUCCUGUCUGGAGAUGACAGAGCAACAGUGGGUCUGAACUCCAAGGCUGGAGGGGAAGCUGAGGCUGGACGAGGCCUGUUUAUUGGUGGUGGCCUGGAAGGGGGCAGUGCUAGAGUAGACCAAUUGUUAUCAUCCGUGAACAGCAGUGGAAUGAGCUUGGACACUCUACCAAGAAGCCUUCUUGCAAACAACACACUGCUUGGGAAGAAGACGGAUUUUGCCAAAUGCUAUCGGCCAUCUUUACAUAGAGAAUCUAUAAGCUUCAUGAAGGGAGUGAUGGACGAAUGUACACACAUGGCCAACUUCUCUGUCCCUGUAGACACCAGCCUCAUUAUCGUGGUCCAGGCCAAAGAGGAUGCCUACAUCCCUCGUACAGGGGUCCUCAGUCUGCAAGAGAUCUGGCCAGGAUGUGAAGUCAGAUACCUGAAUGGAGGACACAUCAGUGCAUACCUGUUUAAACAGAAUGUCUUCAGACAGGCCAUAUACGAUACAUUCGACAGAUUCUGCCUGAAGUAUCCCAACCUGCAUUAGACAUGGCAGACUGAAGUCCUUUACUCCCUGUAACAGCACCAGGACCAGUGGCUGGACAUAAAAAGCAAUGCCUGUCCAUAGACCAGAAGCUUCCCUUUCUCUCUCUGUGUGUGUGUGUGUGUGUGUGUGUGUGUGUGCGUGCUCUGUUUUUUACUGUCCCUUCACCUGCUGAGGGACUACAGAUGGAAAGUGUCUUCUCUUUUUUGAAAUUGUUACUUAAUACACUGUCCCUGAUUCAAAACCUCUAAAAAAUAAAAUAUUUAUAGCAAAUGUCAUUGUUAAGCAAAUAGAAAUUGAAUUGGUUAUAUUAAUAAUCCUUAAGAUUUUCAUGAAUUUAAACCCUUUUUGAAGAGAGAUUUGCAAUAACAAUUCAAUUAAUUUGUAGUAAACCCUCUUUGUAGUAGUUUUCAUUGUUUGUGACCAUUCCCACACAGGAUUAAAAAGACAUAACUACGAAACAAUGCAGCAUGUCUGUUGAUUUGAUUGAUAGCCUCACCGUUUACGCUUCACUCUCUUACAGCUGUAGCAGAGCUGUGUUAAGUUACUGCUUAUGGUAACCAAACAUGUCCUACUGCCACUACUUCACAUUAAAAGUGUUAGGCUGCAAACCUCCAAAUCUU